AUGGGAAUCAAAGUUUAUGGAAUUGCAAUGUCUACGUGUACUGCACGCGUCUUGCCUUGCCUAUGUGAGAAAGGCCAUGAAUACGAGCUUGUUCCUCUUGAUUUGGAAAAUUCUGCCUGCAAACAACAACCUUAUUUAUCACUAAAUGUAAGGCUACGAAGUAAACAUUUGAUUGCGAGUGAAAUUCCAUUUGGCCAAAUACCUGCAUUCGAAGAUGAGGAUGUCAAGGUCUUUGGUAAGAUGGAAGUGAUUCCAGUAUUUAUAUUUGCACACUCAAAUCAGAGAUUAGUAAGAGAGCUCAAGCUGUUCAGGGUUAGUCUUGUGGUUAGGGGUGACCUGAAAGGUCAAGCUAACCAGGAUACUAACUGUUCACCUAGAGGAAGACGAGUCAGCAUAAGUGAAGACUCGUUGGACAGCUUGAUGAGGUGGUCGAACUGGGCACUAUCACCUUAG